GUCUUAUUGGAAAGGAUGAAUUUAUUUCAAGAUAUAGCGAAAAGAUCAUAGGCUCGACAAUUAAGGUAGAAUCAAAUGAGAUGGCAUUAAAGGAGUGCCAAUCAGAGUUACUAAUUAAAGAAAGAGAUAACCAGUUAUGUCAAGCAGAAGUUCAAAAAAUAACUAAUCUUCCAUCAGAUUGCCUUGCAUUUACUGAAAAUCCUGGUAUUCACGAAAUCAAUGUUUUGGGCUUUGGAUCUUUCGAUGUUCUGUGUAGAAAUGAUCAGGAAGACUCAGGUUGGUUAGUCAUACAACAAGGAGUUAUUCAAGGAAAGCAGAGUUUUAAUAGGGAUUGGGCCGCUUAUCGUGAAGGAUUUGGUUCCAUGCAAGGCGAUUUUUUCCUGGGACUGGAGAAGAUACAUCAACUCACGAAAUUGCGGAGGCACAAUAUUUUUGUGAAAGUAGACUUAUCAGACGGCCAAAAGUUUUGGUUAAAUUGCGACGAUUUUAAAAUAUCUGAUGAAGAUAAUGGAUACGCGCUGAAGUUGGGAGAAAUGUAUGGAGAUUUAUAUUUAACACGGUAUUUCACGGAUGGCAUGAAAUUCACAACACACGAUCGCGACAAUGACAAUAAUGGGCGUGUAAAUUGUGCUGUUCAUUUCGGUUUUGGCUGGUGGUACAACAAUUGUGAUUGUGCUGAAAACUAUGUAUUUUGUAGUUCGAUUAAGGAAAUGAUAAUGCUAAUACGCCCCAUAUAGUUAAUUACAAAAUACUAAUUUG